AGGCUGUGAGAGAGAGAGGAAGAGAGAGAGCAAAACGAACACAAAAGGAGAGAGAGCGAGUGGGAGGUGCAGCGCGUAGGAUUCUCUGUUAGUCCGUGAGUCUGAGAAGAAGAGAGGAGAACAGAGGAGAAACCGCUGAAUGUCAGAAGCCUGCAGCAGCCUGGGUCUCUUCUCUAAGAACCAAGGACUACACUCACACAGCCAUACAGCACAGGCCCACUGCAGUCUGGAGCCACUGACCUGAACUACAGUUACCUGUGUGUGUGUGUGUGUGUGUGUGUGUGUGUGUGUGUGUGUGUGUGUGUGUGUGUGUGUGUGUGUGUGUGUGUGUGUGUGUGAGAGAGCCUGUCAGAGUAAUUGAUGUGAGCGUGUGUCUGAAUGGGUAAGCAGCAGUACCCUGCUGAAGUAAUUUGUGUGUGUGUGUGCACCCAUUCACAGUUCUUAUUAGCUGAUCAACACACACAGCUGCAGGGCAGGAGGGGGUUGAAGGGGAAGUGUGUGUGAGACAUUCAGGUGAGCAGGGUUAACUGACUCUGUGACACCAAUGUGUGUGCACAGUGUGUGUGUGUGAUAUCGGGGUCAGAGCACACACGACAGGAGGAAGUGACACGUCUCUACUCGCGCUCUCGGAUUUCCUGAAGCCUCUCCGGUGACACGAGGAGCACUGAUAGGACCCGAAUCUGAGCUGACCUCGCCCCUGAUUCUGGAGCCCAAGCUUAUCUGGGUACCUACAGACACAAGACUGUGGAGGACUGACAGUGGAUGUUUGGAAUCGAGAGGCGCCACUUGGACUGUGAGCCGUACGUGUGUCCCUAUACUGACCUACUGAGGUGACUGACUGUGGAUGCAUCGUGGAUGUGAAGGGCUCUGGGACUGUGAGCGUUGUGAACAGUGAGUGUGGCUGAAUGCCUCUCCAGACAGAGUAUUUCCCCCUCGGGGACAAUCAGGUUUCCUCCUGCUGCUCUGCUGGGUGUUUAUAGGCAGCCGAGGGCUCAAAUUGAAGCCCUUAAAUGACGGGCAGCAACAGCAUGAGCAGCGGCUACUGCAGUCUGGACGAGGAGGGCGAAGACUUCACCUUCUUCACCGCAAAGAGUUCCUUCUUCCGCCAGCCCCCAAAGCUGGUUAAGCAGAAAGAGGUCGAAGAGGAGAGAGGGCCCAAGGCUCUGUCAGAGGAAGAAUUACGGGCCAAGAUAGAGGACUACAACUCUACGGUCUCAGAGAAUGGCAUGAAACUGGGUGCUGAUGGUUUGUACACUGGCUUCAUUAAGGUCCACCUCAGACUAAGUCGACCAGUCACGGUGCUUGCUGUGGAGGGGACGGGAUUAGACGGCCAGGCGGAAAGACGGCCAAUGACUGUGUCAGAGGGCCAGGAGGGGGCGGGAGCAGGGUUCAGUGAGAAGCGGACGUCGUUCUACCUGCCCAGUGACUGUGUGAAGCAGAUUCACAUCAGUAGUACUACCACAGUCAGGGAGGUCAUACAGGGCCUGCUGAAGAAGUUUAUGGUGCAGGAUAACCCACGCAAGUUUGCUCUGUACAGACAGACACACCGCGAUGGACAAGAUCUGUUCCAGAAGCUUCCUCUUGUGGAGUGUCCUCUUGCUUUGAGACUGGUGGUGGGUCCAGAUCCUGAGCUGCUCAGCUUCGUCCUCAAGGAGAACGAGACUGGAGAGGUGGAGUGGCAUGCGUUCUCGGUUCCUGAGCUGCAGAACUUCCUGGUGAUUCUGGAGAAGGAGGAGGCAGAGCGUGUGCGAUUGGUGGAGCAGAGAUUCGCAGUCUACCGACAGAGCUUGCAGAAGGCAUUACGGGAGGAUCAACCCUGACCCCUCACCCUUCAUCUCUCACUCUGACCUUUCAACCUUCGCCCUCUUUUGACCCAGGGAGAGACAGGAGCCCACUGAGGCUUAGAUUACUAUUCUCCCCUCAGGACACGGGCAGCCCCUCCCUCACUCCUCACAUCCCCUCUGGAGAAGGGAGGCGGGGUUGAGAAAGCACGGAAACGGGGAAAAGGGACUGUUUGAGGGAUGAGUGGACAGGAUGCUAGAACAAAAGAAGUCUGUGCAUCCCUGUGAGUAAAAAGACACUGAACUGAAGGACCGACCGUCUGACUUCGUUGGGGCUCGGAUAUCUUGGUUUGAUCUGACAAUCUGACCUGAUGGGUCUUCUACUGUUACUUUGAAUCUCAGUUUGGUCUGAGAAUGUUUUGAAGAUUCUACUGCUGCUGCCGCUGCUACUGCAAGUGUUGCUUACGCAUGAGUCUCACCUUGCUCUAUCUGCCCCUGUGCCCAUGCAUAAAGAUUUAGGACCAGAACAGACAUUACUAUUCAAAGCAACGCUCCAUGGUGGGUGGACCAUUUGAAAUGUUCCGUUACUUGAUGUUUAUUAUAUCAACUCUCAUGUUGUCCCUGCAUGCCUUCUGUCCAGGGCCGAGGGUAGGAUGGGGGGGGGGGUUGUCAUGGUUGGAUUGGGAAGCAGGGUUGGUAUGGUGGGGUACAUCUGUGUAGGGUUAGGGUGUGGAAAAAGGAACACCAGAAUCCAUUCUCAUCUUCAGACUCCUCUCAUAUCAGUCCCAGGUAUGUACAGCAGUGUUUCUCAUGGAACCGCUCUAUUAAGCCCAGAAGGCUACAGAAUCGUAAGAAGACUUAAACAUCUCUGUCCUAACUUCUUUAUCCAGCACUGAAAUGAACCCUCUAUCUCAGGCGGCUAACUUGCACUUAACCCUGCGUCUCCCUCUACCAGAGUAGCCAUGCUAGUGUGGGAGGUCUUGUGCAGACAGACGUGUAUUUCAUAGGUAGAUGUUAUUCCCAUCUCUUCAGACAGCCAUUUGUGUACCCUGACAGCAGUCACACACAUAUAUAUAUAGCAACAUACAAUAGGCCUUAUAUACCCAAUAGAUAUCCACCCUGUUAUUCAUUAACCCAUUCUACGUAAGCAUACAGAACGUAAACAAUCAGAACAAGUAAGCAUUUCUUCACUGCUUGAACUGUCUGCUGGUGUUUUAAGCAUUUACAAACAGCUCAAUGGGAUGUUGAUGUUCUGAUUCUCCGUGAACUGUUCACCCUGUCAUCAGUAACCCCCGACUCCUAUCUCCUAACCUGGAAAUGAACAUUUAGUCUGAUGGGAGAUGUGCCGUGCUGCUGUGUCUGUGUAGAGCGUAUGCAGCUGUAGCUACUGUUGUUAGAGGCCUGUUAGAGCCAGCCACUCUGUGCUGCUGUGACAGGCCCAUGAAGCCCUGCCACUGAGCCGACUGUUACAGGACUGAGUGAAUGAGAGGAACUGAUGCUUAAACACUGACUGGAGGUCAAGGGUCAUACCGCGAGGAGGUACUCCUGGUCAGUUCAUGUGGUCAGGAAAAACUCCUGUCUGUAUUGUUCAUUGAGAAACACCAUUCUGUUGAUCACACCCAAGUUAAGAGGGACAGGAACCCUGUGUCCCUCUAUCUCCAGAGGUAGUGGGAUAUCUGACUGGAAAUAUGACUUAUUGUAGAAUAAACAAACUGAUUCUGGCCACAGGUCUGUAGAGUAUCCUAGAGAAGGGGCAUGAAAUUAGGCAUGAAAUUAGUGAUUAUUUUGUAGAAAUUGAAUUUUAUCGUACCAAUGAUGUUUAUCUGAGUGUGACGCAUACAGUGCAUUCAGAAAGUAUUCGUACCCCUUGACUUAUUCCACAUUUUGUUGUGUUACAGCCCGAAUUCAAAAUGGAUUCAAUAUUUUCUCUCAUCCAUCUACACACAAUGUCCCACAAUGGCAAAGAGAAAACAUGUUUCUAGAAAUGUUUGCAAAUGUAUUGAAAAUGAAAUGCAUAAAUAUCUCAUUUACAUAAAUAUUCACACCCCUGAGUCAUACGUUGGAGAAGCAACUUUGGCAGCGACGACAGUCUUUUUGGGUAAAUCUCUAAGAGCUUCGCACACCUGGGGCCUCAUUUAUCAAUCAUGCAGAUGCACAAAUCUGUGUGUAAACCAUACAUGGAGUCGUUUCCACACAAAGUGUGAGAUUUAUGAAUAUGAACGCUUGCUUGAGUGUGCAUAAAUUUAUGCACGACCAUGACCAUGCUUACGCACAGUGCCAAAUGCUGGAAUAUGGGAACUGCUUGUUGAGUGUAGAAUGGGGAAAAUAUACGUUGAAAAUGUGUGACAUUAUUUGAGUAAUAAUUAAAUCAUUUUUUUUAUUUCAUUGUAUUUCCAUUGUGGAUUUAUGCAACAUACCUUGACAUGCGAUAUAAUUUGACCGCAUCAGUACACGUGUUUAGAUAAUAAUUCAUAUAAAGUACAGUCGUUUGUUAAACUAUUUCGAACAUUGUUGAAAUGCUAUAAAAGCCUGAGCUAAUGUGAAAUGGAAAGAGUGAUGGCUGAUCCUGCUCGGUUUGAAGAUUAGGCACACGCUGCAUUUUGUAGAGACGGGUGGGACCUUUUCUGCAGAAAGUACAGAUUGGCUCAUCAGAUAUCAUUGAAUUUUGAGAGGAUUUAAGACCUACUUUAAAAAGGGUACUUUUAAGGGUACUUGGCAACGGGUACUUUUCUGCGUGGGGGCUUGCCGUUCGGCAUCUCACAGCCCUUGAUGAGCCAAUGUUUUGGAUGAAGUCAUCAGCAAAACUUAGCUACACAUACAAGUUCCAUACACCAUCGCACAACACAUUGAAGUCAAGAGGGUUUUCUUUGCCAUGAUGCCAACAACGGGUUCCCGAAUAGGAACGGAGCAAUAGACGGCACCCACAUUGCCAUCAAAUUACCAUCCCAAAACUAUUUCAACUAUGUGAACAGAAAAGGCUUCCACUCUUUAUGUGCAGGUUAUAUGACGCGCAAAAGACGCUGCUGAAUGUGGUGGCAAGGUGGCGAGGAGGAACGCACGACUCAUUCUGCAGAACAGCAAUGUUGGCCUAUACGCCUGCCCGAGGGAGCUGUGGAAGAUGGAUGGCUUAUUGGUUAGUGUUACCUACUUAUUUUAAGUAUAUUUGCCAUUGCUAAAGCUACUUGAAUUGUCAUAAUGGCCCUCUUUGUAGCCAUGAUUUUUUUGUUUACUGGUUAAAGCCACAACUGAGCGAGCCAAAUAAAAUAUUUUGGUUGUACUCACUCUGACACUAGCACCUCUUUUUCAGUCUCAGACAUUUUUCUUCUUCUUUGCCUUUUUGGUUAGGCUGUUGUAUUUCAUGGUAUGGGGUUGUAUAUUCCCCGCGUGCUUUAACGUGAUGCUUUUGAUUUUGUUUAAACAUUGUUUAAUUAUGUUUAUUUAGGGGCAUUCUUGAAAUGCAAACCACCAAGGUCGUGCAAGAGCACUGAGGCUGAGAACAAUUGGUAUUUAUAAACGGUUUAUCUCCUACCAGUGUGCAUGUGAUGCUCGUAGGAUUAUUUGAUGAAUCACACCGUUUCUAUGCAUACACCAUUCUAAAUUCAGUUUGUAAAUAGUAUUUUAGGAUAGUUUCUUCGCAAUAUUGAUAAAUGAGGCCCCUGGAUUGUACAAUAUUUACCCAUUUAUUAUUAUUUUUAAUUAUUCAAGCUCUGUCAACUUGAUCAUUCAUUACUAGACAGCCAUUUUCAAGUCUUACCAUAGAAAGCAGGUUUUCCUCUCGAUUUUUCCUGUGCUCGUAGCUGUAUUCCAUUUUUUGUAUUUUUUUGAAACUCCCUAGUCCAGGGUUUCCCAAACUCAGUCCUCGGGACCCCAAGGGGUGCACAUUUUGGUUUUUACCCUUGCACUCCACAGCUGAUUCAAAUAAUCAACUAAUCAUCAAGCUGGAGGACAGAGUUUGGGAAACGCUGCCAGGCCUUGCCGAUGACAAGCAUACCCAUAACAUGAUGCCGCCACCACCAUGCUUGAAAAUAUGAAGAGUGAUACUCAGUGAUGUGUUGUAUUGGAUUUACCCCAAACAUAGCGCUUUGUAUUCAGGACAAAAAGUUCAUUUCUUUGCCACAUUUUUUUAGUGCCUUGCUACAAACAGGAUGCAUGCUUUGGAAUAUUUUUAUUCUGUACCGGCUUUCUUCUUUUCACUCUGUCAUUUAGGUUAGUAUUGUGGAGUAACUACGUUGUUGUUGAUCCAUCCUCACUUUGAUCAUAUCCCACCAUUAAACUCGUAACUGUUUUAACAUCGCCAUUGGCCUCAUGGUGAAAUCCCUGAGCAGUUUCAUUCCUCUCCGGCAACUGAGUUAGGAAGGAUGCCUAUCUUUGUAGUAACUGGGUGUGUACUGAUACACCAUCCAAAGCCUAAUUAACAGCUUCACCAUGCUCAAAGGGAUAUUCAGCAAUUGCUUUUUAUUUUAUAUUUACCCAUCUACCAAUAGAUGCCCUUCUUUGCGAGGCAUUGAAAAACAUCCCUGGCCUUUGUGGUUGAAUCAGUGCUUGACAUUCAUUACUCGAUUGAGGGACCCUACAGAUAAUUGUAUGUGUGUGGUACAGAGAUGAGGCAGUUAUUCAGAAAUCAUUUAACCACUAUUGUUGAACACAGAGUCUAUCCAACUUACUGUGCGAUUCGUUAAGCCCAUUUUUACUCGUGCCACAAUAAAUGGAAUACUUAUUGACU